GGGGGCGGGCUAGUGGAGCCGAGGAAGGAACGAGGGUGGGGGAAGAGCUCCAAGUGGGGAACGUGGGGCGGCUGAGCUGUGGACGCCGUACGGGCGGAGAGGAAGCAGCUGGGGAGUCGCCAGGGCAGAGGGAGGCAUGGUGUGGGGAUGCUCCCUGGCUGAAGAAGCAGUUUCCCCGAUAGUGGCCAAGAACCAGGCACACCGGGCGGCCAGACCUGCGGGUUGGGCAGGGGUAGGUUGCGCCAGGGCUUUUCGUGGAGGUGCCUGAAUGGGGCGGGAGUCUGCUCCAGGUGGAAGGUCACACAGGGAAGAGGGGUCCCAACAGAAGGGAAGCAGCAGAACAGCCGCAGAAGUGCGGGGAGCGCGGAGGUACCACGAAAGCCGCUUCCCGCCGCCUCCAGCCGGGGCAGCAGCCGGAACAGCAGGGGGAGGAGCAACAGCUGCUGAAUUCGCCAACUAGAAGAGGGGGAGGCGGAGCUUAGGUCCCUGUGGCAGCCAGAGGCGCACCCUGGACUGUAGUUUCCCGGGAGAGAGGAGAGCAGGAACGGGAGCGGAGCGCAGUCCUCAGAGCCUCAGCUCCAGCAUCCCGUCAGGGGUUGCAGGUGUGUGGGAGGCUUGAAACUAUUCCAGUAUGGCUUUCCUUGGACUCUUCUCUUUGCUGCUUCUACAAAGUUUGGCUUUAGGGACUAGUUUCACUGAUGAAACCAUUGCUGAGUUGUCGGUGAAUAUGUAUAACCAUCUUCGAGCUGCUGGAGAAGAUGAAAAUAUUCUUUUCUCUCCAUUGAGUGUCACCCUUGCGAUGGGAAUGAUGGAACUUGGAGCCCAAGGGUCUACCCUGAAAGAAAUCCGUCAUUCAAUGGGAUAUGACAGCCUGAAAAAUGGGGAAGAAUUUCCUUUCUUGAAGGAUCUUUCUCACGUGGCGACUGCUGAGGACGGCCACUAUGUAAUGAAAAUUGCCAAUUCCCUCUUUGUGCAAAAUGGAUUUCAUAUCAAUGAUGAGUUUGUGCAAAUGCUGAAAAAGUACUUUAAUGCGGAAGUAAAUCAUGUGGACUUCAGUCAAAAUGUAGCCGUGGCCAACCGUAUCAAUAAGUGGGUGGAGAAUCACACAAAUAGUCUGUUGAAAGACUUGGUAUCCCCAAGAGACUUCGAUGCUGCCACUCACCUGGCCCUCAUCAACGCUGUGUAUUUCAAGGGGAGCUGGAAGUCGCAAUUUAGACCUGAGAAUACCAGGACUUUUUCCUUCACUAAAGAUGAUGAAAGUGAAGUCCAAAUUCCAAUGAUGUAUCAACAAGGAGAAUUUUAUUAUGGGGAAUUUAGUGAUGGCUCCAAUGAAGCUGGUGGUAUCUACCAAGUCCUGGAAAUACCCUAUGAGGGAGAUGAGAUAAGUAUGAUGCUGGUAUUGUCCAGACAGGAAGUUCCACUGGCCAGUCUGGAGCCAUUGGUGAAAGCACAGCUGAUUGAAGAAUGGGCAAACUCUGUGAAGAAGCAAAAAGUGGAAGUGUACCUGCCCAGAUUCACAGUGGAACAGGAAGUUGACUUAAAAAAUGCUUUGAAGGCUCUUGGAAUAACUGAAAUUUUCAUCAAAAAUGCGAAUUUCACAGCCUUGUCUGAUAACAAAGAGAUUUUCCUUUCCAAAGCAAUUCACAAGUCCUUCAUAGAGGUUAACGAAGAAGGCUCAGAAGCUGCUGCCGCCUCAGGGAUGAUUGCAAUUAGCCGGAUGGCUGUGCUGUAUCCUCAAGUUAUUGUCGACCAUCCAUUUUUCUUUCUUAUCAGGAACAGGAGGACAGGUACAAUCCUGUUCAUGGGACGAGUCAUGCAUCCUGAAACCAUGAACACAAGUGGACAUGAUUUUGAGGAACUUUAAAUCGUUUUAAUUGAAUAACAAGGAAAAUAGUAACUAAGCACAUUAUGUUUGCAACUGGUAUAUAUUUGAGAUUGGUGUUUUACAAUAAUAUGUCUUAAGAUGAUAUUUAAAAUAUUUAAAAUAGAUCCCAAUAAAAACAACGUACGUAAAUUAUAAGCCAACUUGGCAAGGAAUGUUACCAGUAUUAUUGCAGUAAUGGUCCUGUCAUGUCUUUGUGUUUGUUGUGCUAGUAUUUAAAAUAAACGUACCUAGUGAACAUGUGAA